CAAUCACUGUGAGCUCGCGGCCCAUUUGAGCUUCCUAGUUCGGUUGCAGUCUACCCAUGUGGGUUCAGUGUUGACUUGUGGUUUGAGAAAGUUGGAGCGUUAACUCUGUGCAGUUAUCGUCUGUUUUGAAACGCUGCUUGUCGCGUUUCACCAUGUCUUCGUCAUUCUUUAUAAAGACUAAGGAAAACCCCAAGUUCGCUAAGAAGGGGAAAAAUACGGCGGGCACGAAGCGAAAGGGUGAUGUGGAUCCCACCGGAAAGAGCAAAGUACGAGCGAAGAAACCCAGCUCAAAAUACAACGAAGAGAUUUCCAGUGACUCUGAGACGGAGAGACCCACAGCGCCAAAGAAAAGCCAGUCCACCGAGCAGAUUGAGUAUGAGGAGACUCCACAGGAGAAAAAGCUCAGAUUGGCUAAACUUUACCUUGAGCAACUCAAAGAAGAAGAGGAAAAUAAAGCAGAAGAAGCUUCCUUUGAGACUGAUCUAAUUGCAGGAAGACUUCAAGAAGAAGUGCUUGAACAGAAAGGAAAGCUCCAGCGACUCAUUGCCAAAGAUCUCAUACCACCAGAUCCUUCAGAGAUCAGGAUGUUCAGAGGACACAAACUUCCAAUUACUUGUCUGGUCAUAUCUUCAGAUGACAAGUACAUCUUUUCUGCUGCCAAAGACUGCUCCAUCAUAAAAUGGGAUGUUAAGUGUGGUAAAAAACUACAUACAAUACCUGGUGGAAGGAAAGGUACAGAGGAUCGCCAUGUGGGACAUACAUCCCACAUCCUGUGUAUGGCCAUAUCAUCAGAUGGGAAAUACUUGGCCACUGGAGACAUGAACAGUCUGAUCAUGAUUUGGGAGGCAGAAACGUGUAAACAUUUGUAUAAAUUUACAGGACACAAAGGUCCCGUGUCGGGUGUUUCUUUCAGGAAGGGGACUCAUGAUCUGUACAGUGCCUCUCAUGACCGCUCUAUCAAAGUGUGGAAUGUGGAUGAGAAUGCAUAUGUAGAAACUCUCUUUGGCCAUCAGGACUCAAUCACAGGACUGGACAGCCUGAGCCGUGAACGCUGUGUGACUGCAGGUGGACGUGAUGGCACUGUACGGGUGUGGAAGAUAGCAGAGGAGUCUCAGCUGGUGUUCCAUGGCCAUGAUGGUUCUAUUGACUGUAUCCAGCUCAUAAACGAGGAGCACAUGAUAACAGGAGCAGAUGAUGGCUCUGUGUGUCUUUGGAGUGUCAACAAAAAGAAACCCCUCAGCACAGUGAAACAGGCUCACGGUUGCCAUGGUGAUGCAGGGCUGGAGCAGCCUCAUUGGGUCGUUUCAGUGGCGGCACUUCAGAACUCGGAUACCGUUGCCUCAGGUGCCUCUAGCUGUUCCCACAACUCACAGGUGACUGUGUGGAAGUGUGGCCAGAAUUAUCGUGGGCUGGAGCCUGUAUUCAGUGUACCAGUGUGUGGUUUCGUCAACAGUCUGAAGUUUUCAAGCUCCGGUCAGUUCUUGGUGGCAGGAGUUGGACAGGAGCACAGACUGGGACGAUGGUGGAGACUAAAGGAAGCCAAGAAUGGAAUUUAUGUUAUUCCUCUAAAAAGGAAACCUUCUAAUCCAGAGGAGGCCAAAGUUGCUGAAUAGCAAACUUUUUAUAAAUUAAAGAGCUU